CCCCAUCUAUUUGGGUGGGCGGCAGUAGAGUGAUGCGUUUUUUUAUAAAACAAAAAUUGAUGCACGUAAUUUAUUGAUUUUUGAAGUUUGAGUUUUAUCGAUUCAAAUUGAAUUGUUUUCUAUGAAUGCAGCGUUGAAAAGCGGUUUCGUAGUGGUUCUGAGUGUUGGAGUGUGUGCAAUUGUCUUUCUGUCAAGCCGGAGAACCGAAGAAAGAGGAAACAUGGCAAAAUUCGUUGGAGUUGAUUUCGAAGUGUUUGGAAGAGUUCAAGGGGUUUUCUUCAGAAAGUAUACUCAGAAAAAGGCUGAGGAGCUUUCGCUAAAAGGCUGGUGCAUGAAUACUGAUGACAAUACAGUGACUGGAAGAAUUGAAGGAGAAAAGUCAAAAGUUGAAAUAAUGAAAGAAUGGCUUCGUAAAACUGGCAGUCCUCAAUCAGCCAUCACCAAAACAGACUUCAAAAAUGAGCAAGAAAUACCAGAAAUUAAUUUCCCGAAUUUUUCCGUCAGGAGAUGAAGCCCUAUUUACCAUAACUAUAAAUUAUCUAUUUAUAAAGAGUAGAGUACUGAUAAUCCAAUCUAUGUUUACGGAUUUGUGAGAUCAUUGAAAAUAUUAUCUGAUAAUGAAAUGAAGUGUCAGUCAACUCAACCAAGUGCCACCUCGUAUUUCCUCAUAUUUCAAUCGUUAAUCUAAUCAGUAGGACACAGCGCAUAGUAAAACGAGAAAUCAAAUAUUGCUCUGUACAUACAUUCACCGAUGAUUCACUUCAAAACUUUCGAACAAGAUAUUCAUCAUAGUAAGUCGUCACCCAAGAGAAGUAUCAAGAGUCCUAGUCCUCCUACUGUUGUUUUCAGUUUUCGAAUGGAAUCAUUGUACUCGUGAUUAUUUUUUAUUUACUAAUUUUCAUAGGAAAUGCUUGAACAUGUAAACUACUUUCCAACAAUCGUUUCUUUGAACAUUGUCUGCAUGUAUAUGAAUGUGUAUGUGUACACACACAUGCUCACACAACAAAUAAUCGUCAUAAAAAUUCGAGAUUUCCUACGAUUUUGGGUCUCACGAUAAAAUUUGUUAUUGGAGAUGAAACAAAUCCUGUUGUUACUCAUAAAUGAUUUUUUUUCAAUGAUUUUCACCUUUUUGAGUUCGAUGAAUAUCCAAUGCCAAUAAUCGUACGAAGAUUAGUGAACAUCAGUAGAGAAAAAAUAUUUUUCGACAUGAAUAUAAUUAUUGUGUUGGAAGUAAUUAUGACAUCAACACAAACAAUCGAUCCAUUGUAAACCUAUCAGGGAAUAACGGAAAAUAUUCGGGUUCUUCAUGACCUAAACAUCCCAACACCUAAACAACCCCAUAGACCUCUCACCCUGGACGAACCGAGAGCGAAGGACACUCUCGAUCGGUCUCUCGAGCACACCACAUCAGAUUAUCAACCUAGCUAGAAUUAUAUCGAUUCCCUGACCCGAAAGUAAAUGUUAAAAACAGAAUAAAGAUCCAGACGUGAGACUAAAUUGAAGGAGCUAAUAUUUUACACUAAUCGUCACACUAUUCUUCAGCAACGAUUGAUAUCUUGGAAAAAAUCAAUGACUAGUAUCAGAGAUUUUCACAGCUCCAAUGAAGGUCAACCGACCUUUCACCCCAGAAGCCGAGAUGCUAGAACAGUCAUUAAGAACAUCACAUUUGACCCAUUAAACUCUACCACUGAGUUAGAAAAAUUUUGAUGGUCGUGAGCGCCACUUCACCUCUCACUCUUCGCUCUCAAUCGCUCAUCACCGCGAGAUCGUGCAGUGUUUCUUGAAUGCUCAACGCGAAUGCGCACGCGAGUCCCACUCGUUUAUUUAAAAAUUCCAUUUCAUUUAAAUGUCUCCCGUGUCUCGAGUCAUUGCGUUGAAUUUCUGAUAUUUCGAUGGACUGUUAACAACAACAUUGCGACCUUAACUGAUAUCCCUGUCACGCGAAAAUCAGUGCCUGAUGUUUUAUAAAUGACGUGUGCUUUGUUCAGCAGUUAUUUAGCAUGAAGUGUUUCAAAUUAUUUUUCAAACAUACGUGGAAACCUCAGCAG